GGGAGAGAGCGGAAGGGUGUGUGGGAGGGAGAUGGAGACGUAGCAAAAGCAGCAGCACUGCCUCACAUUGGACCUCAAACAGAAGAUUCUUAAAUCUCAGGAUUUCUGAUGCAGGGUUUUUUUUUUUUUUUUCAAACACGGUUCAUUUGAGGAAUGCCUAAUUGAAUAGCAAGAGCAAGAGCGGGAAGUAGCCAAGCAGAACAGGGAAUCACCUGCUUUAGCUUCCUUUGGGGAGGAGGACCUUUUUGACAGGCAAAAGCGGAGAUGCUUCUGUAAUCAAAUUCAGCUGGAGAGUGUUUAAACCGCAGGAAACAUAUCUACAUGACAGAGGCUGUAUCAUCCUGCCUGUGUGCAUAUUUCACAAAAGUGAAUUUUCCCUUUUGCUCCUUCUCAGUUCCUUCAUCUAUUUUUUUUAAUUCUCUUUCUCUUUUUCUGCAAGUUAAAAGCAGAAAACCACUCAAAAUAUCAUCAUGGGUGAUAAAGGCACAAGGGUAUUCAAGAAGGCAAGUCCAAAUGGAAAGCUAACUGUGUAUCUUGGCAAGAGGGACUUUGUUGACCAUGUGGACAUUGUUGAGCCUGUUGAUGGUGUGGUUUUAAUUGAUCCAGAGUAUUUAAAGGAGAGGAAAGUGUUUAUAACACUGACAUGUGCUUUCCGCUACGGGCGAGAGGACUUAGAUGUUCUUGGGUUGACAUUCCGAAAGGACCUUUUUGUGGCAAAUAUACAGGCAUUCCCUCCUGUGCCUGAGGAGAAGAAAACCCUGACACGUCUACAGGAGCGGCUGAUUAAAAAGCUUGGAGAGCAUGCCUAUCCCUUCACCUUUGAGAUACCUCCGAAUUUGCCAUGCUCAGUCACACUGCAACCUGGACCAGAAGACACUGGGAAGGCCUGUGGGGUUGACUUUGAAGUGAAGGCUUUCUGUGCUGAAAACAUUGAAGAGAAAAUUCACAAAAGGAACUCAGUGCGCCUAAUCAUUCGAAAAGUCCAGUAUGCUCCAGAGAAGCCAGGCCCACAACCAAUGGCAGAAACAACAAGACAGUUUCUCAUGUCAGAUAAACCCUUACACCUAGAGGCCUCGCUGGACAAAGAGAUCUACUACCAUGGUGAACCAAUUAGUGUAAAUGUUCAUGUCACAAACAACACAAACAAGACUGUGAAGAAAAUGAAGAUUUCAGUGCGUCAAUAUGCUGACAUCUGUCUCUUCAACACCGCUCAGUACAAAUGUCCAGUUGCAAUGGAGGAAUCAGAUGACAUUGUGGCUCCAAGUGCAACAUUCUGCAAGGUAUAUACUCUUACCCCUUUUCUUGCCAACAACCGAGAAAAGCGUGGCUUAGCUCUAGAUGGAAAGCUCAAACAUGAAGACACAAAUUUAGCCUCAAGUACACUGUUACGAGAAGGAGCCAGUAAAGAAAUUCUGGGUAUCAUUGUGUCAUAUAAAGUCAAAGUGAAAUUGGUAGUGUCUCGUGGUGGGCUCUUGGGAGAUCUUGCCUCCAGUGAUGUUGCAGUAGAACUACCCUUCACAUUAAUGCAUCCUAAACCAGAUGAAGAAUCCAUCUACAAAGAUGCACUGGAAAAUGACGCACCCAUUGACACAAACCUGAUCGAGUUUGACACAAAUGAUGAUGAUAUCAUUUUUGAAGAUUUUGCGAGGCAGCGACUUAUUGGCGCAAAGGAUGACAAAGAAGAGGAGGAGGAAGGUAUAGACUCACCUAAGCUGAAUGACAGAUAGAUGAAGUCAACAAACUAUAAGUGUGUUAUCACACCUUAAGGGAGCCACUGAAAACCCCUGUAGAGACAAACCAGAAGUUUGUAACACCCUUUAACACACAUCACUGUGGUGCAAUUGUUGUGCUCCUGUUUACAUAUGUUUUCUCCAUCUUGAAUGGGUGUAAAAAUGUAAAAGUGUUGAAAAACAUUACCUCCUUAGAUAGGCAUUGAGCAGGUGAGAAGAAUUCACUGGCUUUCUACAGGGUGCCUAUGUGGUAUUUAUGGUAAGACACAGUAAGGAAUAGCAUUUGAUAACAGUGAAAAUGACUUUCAAUUAUAGCAUGCCUUUGUUGUCAUUUUUGUUUCUUGUUCUUUGUUUCUGUUAGAAGAGGAUAAAAUUAGAGACCAUAAAUUGGUGAUUAAACCUAUUUAAUUUAUUUCUGUCCUGAACACUCUGUAAAGGAGAACAAAUGUUAUAACUAUUACCACUGUCAGGUUGUUUUGUUUUAAUGGACAGUCCUGCAUUAAUGAACAAAGUCAACUAUUGAACAAUGUCAAGUAUAAAAUAUUAAUGUAGGUUAAAAAUGUUAAAGGAUUUUAGUGUCAUUUGUCUUUAUUGAGUACUGACAUUGGCACUUUUGCUAUGGUAAGUCAUCUUGUCUGAUUUACGGGCAACUUGUGAAUAACUACGUGUUAUUUCACUUAGAGCUACUAAGGAUGUGUAACAAAAAAGGAUAAUCACAAGUUUCAGGGGGAAAAGUACUAUUUUUUCAGAACUUAAUUUAAUUAGAAGUAUGAAUAUAAAUAAACAAAUAUAAAUAAGAUUUAAUAAUGAACUAAAAAACAUUACUGUGCAUCAGAAGCAGCCUUAUGAUUAAAAGUAUUCUAUUUCUUUAUGGUAGAACGUAAGCACGAAUUAUGUGUGCGACGCUAGAAAACAAAAUGAGAGAGUUGUUUUGAAAACAAACAAACAAACAAAUAAACAAAAAUGCUACUUUAAAAAUGACAAUGCUGGAGCAACUAAAAAGGAAUCCAAAAUUAAUCACCUAGUCAACAAUUUUAAGAUAUGAGGAAAUGGGAUUUGCAUCAAACUAUUGGCCUCAACCUUUGUCAUUAAGAUUUCAAGAUUCAAAGAACUUUAUUAAUCCCAGGGGGAAAUUCCUUUGCCAUGUUACAGUUGCACUAAUAAAAAUCUAAGAGAGAAAGAAAGAAAUAUAUAUAUGCCGUUAUAUAAACCAUAAAAUUGAAUAAAUAAAUAGAAAUCCUGUACAAAUAUUGUACGAAUAAUAAACUGUAAUAUUGCACACAAGGAUUAAAUAUAUAAAAUGCUCAGAAAAUAUUCAUUUUCUAGCUCAUACAAUACAAUAUAUAAGUGUAUUGUGCAAUAUAUACAGUGGAUAUAUAAAGUCUACACACCCCUGUUAAAAUGGACAGAUUUUUAUUAUGUAAAAAUUAAACCAAGAUAAAUGAUGUCAGAACUUUUCCCAUACUCACUGUUAAAUUACACUGUAUAAAAAUGAAAAGGGAAAUGAAAAACAACCAGAAAAAAUCAGUAUGAAACAAUUACCUAGUUGCAUAUGUCUGCACCCCCCUCAACUAACAACUUUUGAUUUUAUUACACCUCUCAGUCUUUUGGGUAAGAGUCAAAAGUGUGCUAUGUCUUGACUUGGCAAGACAGGCAUCUCCAGUGGAUAGCUGGAUUCAUGUCACCCCACAGAUUUUUAAGUUGAGUUCUGGUCUGGGCUCUGGCUAGGUCAUUCAGAAACACUGGUCUUCUUUUACUUAAGCAAUUCCUUUUUUGAUGUGGAUGUAUGUUGUGGGUCAUUAUCAAACUGAAAGGUGAAAUUUCUUUUCAUCUUCAGCUUAUUAGCAGACAACUGAAGGUUUUGCACUAAAAUCGACUGGUAUUUGUAGCUGUACAGGAUUCCACCCAGGCCAUAACACAUUUUCCACAUGGUUUGGAGUGAUUUAGUUAAUUAAGCUUAGAUGUUUUUUUGUCAGAUGCUCCUUUAAUGUUGCUGUAGGUCUUAUGGCAGCCUGCCUGAUACCUUUUUGUAACUUUUGACCUGUUCUUGGUGAUGUCACAGUAGUACUCAAAGAAGAUGCUUUAGAAGAAGAUCCUAUAGAAACAGCUUAUCUUUUUUUAGGGUUUAAUCAUGGCAGCUUGGUACCUUCAGAACUCAGCCACAUUCCCAUUUACAACCAUGUUAUUGUAACUGUUUUUAAAAAUAAUAUAUCAUAAAAUAUCAUAUUUUCCCUAAAAUGUUUCUGAUUGUUUUUCACAUAAAUUUCAUAUAUUCACCAGUUUAACGGGGUAUGUAAACUAUAUCCAUUGUAAAUAAUGGUUGCAUUGGAUACUGCUUUAUGCUUUAUGUUUAUUCCCUUAAAUACAUUUUUCUGAUAUGAAGAAGGGUCUGAUAAAAGGGUACUUGGCUUGAAAUAUGUUUUUUCACAGUAGCCAAAAAAAUUGUAAUAACCACUGCUCUACUUAUGCACAUGAAUAAAGAGUAAACCCUAUAGACAUCCUUGAAAAUUACACACUGUGAACUAUAUUUAUAAUUAUUUGUAUUUGGUUAAAACCUAAUUUGGAUCUUUUUUGUGAGGAUAUUGUCUGUGGCAAAGGUAAUGGGAAUAAGAAGAAUAUUUUAUGGCUUAUUUUAGUGUUUGGGUAAUGGUUUUAGAAAUUAAAGCCAAAAUGUUUCAGACUAACACAUUAUUAAGUUGGUUUUCCACAUUUUGGGUAUUUUUAAAAAUAUUUUUAUGAGUGUUUUUUUUUUAAAUUCCAUAUCCAAUAAAUUGAUUCAACUUAAAAUAAUUGUAUUGUGAAAGGUUACUGCAGUUCUGAUUAGAGUAUUAUCACUGUACUAGUAUACAUCCGUUUUGUUUUAAACGUUUAAUAAAGAGCGGUGUUUAACUUCCUGAUGCAUACAAUAUGUUUGGACUUACUAUACAAUUCUUCAACCUUACAAAAUUUUUUUUUACAAAUGAGACAUGUUGUUAAUAAAUAAUACACCAGACUAUUUAAAACAUAUAAUUUGUUUGAGAUAUACAUGUGAAAUUUUUUUUACAGAUAAUUUAAUGAAAGACUAUGCUUAAUUGUCUGUUAGUUUAUGUCUUCAGAAAGAAAAAUCCUAAAACAAAAUUUGCAAUUCAGAGCUCAUGUGGGCUUAAGUGUGUAUUUCCUUUACAAUAAAUUGCCUGUAGGUAAUUUGGUGUCCCAUCCCAGGGUGUAUCCUCACAGCCAGUUUUCACCAUGUCCAUGUCCAGGAUAAAGCGGUUACUGAAGAUAACACACAAAGACAUCACAUUUUUGCCAAGCCUACAUCCCACAGUCCACUCAUUCGUACAUUUUUGGCAUUUGGCAGAUGCCCAUAUCCAGACAACUUAUAGAAAUACUUUGAGGACUAGCUCUGAAUAUAUCAAUACUGAUUAAGUAUGACAAGAAAGAGGAUACCAUCAGUCUAAAAACUCUGUUUGUAGGUAAUAUAGCAAGAAAAGCACACAGACAACAAGUGUUCUUACGUAAAUUUUUAAGUGCAAGUUUCAGUACUUCAUAAAGAGGUAAGUCUUUAGAUAUGAGGACUGGUAGAAACUAAGCUGUUUGACAUUUAGGGAAAGUUUAUUCCACCACCUGGGUGCCAGAACAAAGAAGAACCUUCAUAGUUUGUUUUGUUCAGUGUCAUAUUUAGGAGCGUGAAAAUGUAAAGUCUAUACUGAAUAUAUACUGUAAACUUUGCAUAAUUGGGAAAAUCCAGUAUUUAGCUGAUCCUAAUAAGUUCUCAUUUUUACACUUGAAAACACAUUGGCUACCUUCUACCUUCUUUCAUGAGAGAAGUAGCGCAUCACAACGACUUUAUUAUCAGGUGGAGUGGAGCAUUAAAAAUAUGACACUCAGGUCUCCAGGAAAUCAUGUAGAAGCCAAACAAUCAGAUGACGAUUUUGAAACUGUGUGCCAUAUCAGAUACACCAAUGGUUCAUGGGUGUGAUGUCUGAAGCUGAGACUAGAAUUGAGAAAAUGGGAAACAGGCUUGACAACUCAAAAUGGGGAACAUUAUUUUUUUCUUUUUUGUUUAUUUUUCCUCCAUUUUCAGUGAUUUUAUCUCACUAGGCGAAAACACACACACAUACACAGCUCUCACUCUCUUUUAUGGCCCUUACCAUGCUCCCACCUUCACAUCUAUGUUUGAUGGCACUGUAGCAAAUAGCUUU